CGGACACUUUCUCUUUCAGAAAAGUCAUUUGUAAUGGUUAUAUAAUUCAAAUAGGCAUAUAUAUGUAUAUGUCCUAUGUUCGGGGAUUAUUUUCCCAUUUUGUGAUUAGGGUGACAGUUAGAAAUUUCAGUAUGAAUGUUACAUGGGAUGUAGUUGAGGUUAUUGCUGAACAACAUCAGGUGCCUUUGAAUAUUUCCAGAAAUGUUGUCAGACUGUUGGAUGAUGAAAAUACCAUUCCAUUCAUUGCAAGAUAUCGCAAAGAACAAACUAAUGCAAUGGAACCUGACAAACUCCGCUCUAUACUAGAGACCCUUACAGAAAUGAGAUCUGUUGAGAAGAAAAUACAAUCUGUUCACAACUCGAUUGAUAAACUUGGUAAAAUGUCAAAGUUUCUAGAGAAAUCCUUGCUAUCUGCGAAAACAAUGCAUGAAGUUGAAAUCUUGUAUGCUCCUUUUAAACCUGGAAGCCAGAGAAGUUUGGCUGAACAAGCACGGGAAGCUGGGCUUGAAAUUACUGCUGAAAAUAUUCUCUAUAAUGGCUGGAGGGUGAACUUUGCAACACUUAUACAACCACCGCCUUCAAAGUAUUCCUCCAUAGAAGAAGUGAAGACUGGUGUAAAGUACAUAAUUGCUGACAUUAUUGCCAAAAAUACAGAAGCAAGAGAAACUAUCAAUAAACUAUUCCUGUCCCAUUAUGUGGUUUUAGAGUCAAAGAAGAAGAAAACUGUUGAGAAAAAGACAAAAGCUGGUGAUAAAAAGGCAAAAACUAAACCUGGAAAGAAACAUGUGGAGGAACACAAGUUUUCCAACUAUUUUGAUUUCAAAUGUGGGAUUAAAUCUAUCAAACCUCACCAGGUUCUUGCAAUCAACCGGGGUGAAGAAAAUAACAUAUUGUCAGUGAAAAUUGUCAUUCCUGACAGUAUAAAAUAUGAAUAUCUGAAUUUUUGCCGCAGAACCUGGAUUCGACCUGCAACACCACCAGAAAACAAAAAUAUUCUGGAAGACUGUUUCCAGGAUGCCUUUAAACGACUUGUAUCCCCUCAGAUGUGUCGUUUUACUAGAUCCGAGCUGACGAAAACAGCAGAGAAGGCCUCUAUUGAAGUGUUCUGUAGUAAUCUAAAGAGUCGUUUGCUAAUGGCACCACUGAGAGGGAGAAUUGUACUGGCAAUAGACCCUGGCUUUCUGCAUGGCUGUAAGGUCGCUGUUAUAUCAGAAACAGGUCAGGUAUUGUAUACAGACACUCUAUACCUUCACAGCCAUAAAAACAAUGUGGUCAAAGAAAGCGAAAAAUUAGUUGACAUCAUCAGCACUAACAGGUGUGAGGUAAUUGCCAUUGGCAAUGGUACUGCAUGUCGGGAGACAGAAUCAGUAUUAUCCAAAUGCAUCAGCCAAAAAUUAUUCGGAUCACAGAAGAUUCAAUAUUGUAUUGUUGAUGAAAGUGGUGCUUCAAUUUAUAGUAUAUCUACUGUAGCUCAGAAGGAGCUUCCUGAUAUGGACCAGAACAUUCGUGGGGCUGUCUCUAUAGCUCGCCGUCUUCAGGAUCCUAUUGCAGAACUAGUCAAGAUUGAACCUAAACAUAUAGGAGUUGGAAUGUAUCAGCAUGAUGUUGCGGACAACAAGUUGAAAGAUGCUUUAGAUGGUAUUGUACAGGAGUGUGUCAGUUUUGUUGGAGUUGACUUGAAUACAGCUAGUGAACAUCUAUUAAGGAAGGUGUCAGGUUUGAGCUCAUCACAGGCUAAACAUAUCAUUGAAUGGCGAGAAAAACAAGGAAACUUUUGUAACCGUGAGCAGUUAAGACUGGUGAAGGGCAUCGGGGAGAAAACAUACAAUCAGUGUGCAGGAUUUAUCCGAAUUAACCCUACUGGAAAUAAAUUAAAUUUGAGUGAAGAAGUGUGUGAAAUAGAAGCAGGACCUUCAAAAGGGAAAAAACGAAAACUGAAAACAGAGUCAAAGCAAAGUUCCAAGAAAGUCAAGCUGGAAGUGAAAGAUGGACCAAAUCCACUGGAUCGCACCUGGAUCCAUCCAGAGUCUUAUGGUAUUGCUUGCAAGUUCAUAAAUCAGGUUGGUGCUUCAAUGGACCAAAUUGGUUUCCCACCAUUUAUUGACAAAGUAAAGCAGCUUGUGAAUUCCACAAGUGUUGAGAAACUUGCUAAGCAAUAUGAGAUUGGCGAACCAACCAUGUCAUUGAUCGUCACAGGGCUUACACAAGCAAUCAACUAUGACAUCAGAGAAGAGUCUGAGAAGCCAUUGUUUCGUACCAGUGUGAUGGGCUGGAGUGACUUGAAAGUGGGAGAACAGCUGAGUGGUCGUGUCAGCAACGUCACCCAUUUCGGUGCAUUUGUUGAUAUUGGCGUGGGCACUAAUGGUCUGCUGCACGUGAGUGAAAUCAAUAAAAGCCUACUGCGUGCAAAGAAUCGCACAAACUUAGCCAUCGGAGAUAAGAUCGAAGUGAAAGUCGUAAACUUUGAUGUUACCAAAAAACGGAUCGGUUUGUCGUUGGUCAGUUUCCUUUAAGAACAACAGUUGGGUAGACCUUAAGUUUUUAACAUUAACACUUUAAGCAUUCAGAUUAUUCUGUCAAAUAUAAGGUUCAUUCAUACACAUUGUUUUGAGCUAAUCAUGCUUUAUUUCAUAACUUCAAGAUUUUGACGAUGUGAGAAUUAUUUUUUCAGAAUGAGAUUUUAGAGUAGGUGUGAGAGGCUGAAUCUGGUUAGUUUGAACAUAGAACAGGUAGGAUAUGGGAGCAAUAUAAAUACUAAAGUGUUAAAUUUAGUCACAGAGAUAUUUUACAUCUCUGGGCCAUUUGCAUGAUCAAGAAAUUAGUUUCUGCAUAAUGUUUAACCCUUUAGAGAUGCUUCUGCACUAGAAAACACAGAACCAUUUUUAACAAAAUAGUUAAAAUUCUAUAAUAUAAAAGGCAUAUCUGAAUUUCAAUAGACAUA